UGGGUAGUCUGAGCAAGAAGAUGGUGUCUCUGCCACUCAAAUGGCCACUUGCAAGCAUGUCAUUUCUAUUUUCCUCACUGAUGACUCUCUUAACCAUGUCAACACCUUCCUGGUGUCAGAGCAGUGAAGCUACAUCUCCAAAAGCUAGCAAUGGAACACCAUUUCCUUGGAAUAAAAUGCGACUUCCUGAGCAUGUCAUCCCAGUCCACUACGAUCUCAUGAUCCAUGCAAAUCUCACCACACUGACUUUCUGGGGAACCACGAAAGUCGAAAUCACAGCCAGCCAGCCCACCAGUACCAUCAUCCUGCAUAGUCACCACCUGCAAAUAUCUAAGGCCAUCCUCAGGAAAGGAACUGGAGAGAGGCCAUCUGAAGAGCCGCUGCAGGUCCUGGAAUAUCCACCUCAUGAACAAAUUGCACUUCUGGCUCCAGAACCUCUCCUUGUUGGCAUCCCAUACACAGUAGUCAUCGACUAUGCUGGCAAUCUUUCUGAGAAUUUCCAUGGAUUUUAUAAAAGCACCUAUAGAACUAAGGAAGGAGAAGUGAGGAUACUUGCAUCAACACAGUUUGAACCUACUGCAGCGAGGAUGGCCUUUCCCUGCUUUGAUGAACCUGCCCUUAAAGCAAGUUUCUUAGUCAAGAUCAGAAGGGAGCCGAGGCACCUGGCCAUCUCCAACAUGCCGCUGGUGAAAUCUGUGGCUGUUGCUGAAGGACUCAUAGAAGACCGUUUUGAUGUCACUGUGAAGAUGAGCACCUACCUGGUGGCCUUCAUUAUUUCAGAUUUUGAAUCUGUCAGUAAGAUGACCAAGAGUGGAGUCAAGGUUUCUGUACAUGCUGUGCCAGACAAGAUAAAUCAAGCAGAUUAUGCACUGAAUGCUGCCGUGACACUUCUAGAAUUUUAUGAGGACUAUUUCAGCAUCCCAUAUCCUUUACCCAAACAAGAUCUUGCUGCUAUUCCUGACUUUCAGUCUGGUGCUAUGGAAAACUGGGGACUGACAACAUACAGAGAAUCUUCUCUAUUGUUUGAUGCAGAAAAAUCUUCUGCAUCAAGUAAGCUUGGCAUCACAAUGACUGUGUCCCAUGAACUCGCCCACCAGUGGUUUGGGAACUUGGUCACUAUGGAAUGGUGGAAUGAUCUUUGGCUAAAUGAGGGAUUUGCCAAGUUUAUGGAGUUUGUGUCUGUCAGUGUGACCCAUCCUGAACUGAAAGUCGAAGAUUAUUUCUUUGGCAAGUGUUUUCAUGCGAUGGAGGUAGAUGCAUUAAAUUCUUCACACCCUGUGUCCACGCCUGUGGAGAAUCCUGCUCAGAUUCGGGAGAUAUUCGAUGAUGUUUCUUAUGAAAAGGGAGCUUGUAUUCUGAAUAUGCUAAGGGAUUAUCUGAGUCCUGAUGCAUUUAAAAGUGGUAUUGUACAGUAUCUCCGGACGUAUAGCUACAAAAACACAAAAAACGAGGACCUGUGGAAUAGCAUGGCAAGUAUUUGCCCUACAGAGAGCACACAAAUGAUGGAUGGCUUUUGCUCUGGAAAUCAACAUUCAUCUUCAUCCUCACACUGGCGUCAGGAAGGCCUGGAUGUGAAAACCAUGAUGAACACCUGGACGCUGCAGAAGGGCUUUCCCCUGAUAACCAUCACCAUGAGAGGGAGGAACGUACACAUGAAGCAAGAGCACUAUAUGAAGGGAUCGGAUGGUACCCCAGAGACUGGGUACCUGUGGCAUGUUCCACUGACAUUCAUUACCAGCAAAUCAGAUUCGGUCCAUAGAUUUUUGCUGAAGACAAAAACAGAUGUGCUCAUCCUCCCAGAAGAGGUGGAAUGGAUCAAAUUUAAUGUGAGAAUGAAUGGCUAUUACAUUGUGCAUUACGAGGAUGAUGGAUGGGAUUCUCUGACUGGCCUUUUAAAAGGAACACACACGGCAAUCAGCAGUAAUGAUCGGGCGAGUCUCAUUAACAAUGCAUUUCAGCUUGUCAGCAUUGGAAAACUAUCAAUUGAAAAAGCUUUGGAUUUAACCCUGUACCUGAAACAUGAAACUGAAAUUAUGCCCGUCUUCCAAGGUUUGAAUGAGCUGAUACCCAUGUAUAAGUUAAUGGAGAAAAGAGAGAUGAAUGAAGUAGAAACUCAAUUCAAGGCCUUCCUCAUCAAGCUGCUGAGGGACCUCAUUGAUAAGCAGACGUGGACAGAUGAUGGCUCGGUCUCCGAGCGAAUGCUGCGGAGCGAGCUCCUUCUCCUUGCCUGUGUGCGCAAGUAUCAGCCAUGUGUGCAGAGGGCAGAAGGCUAUUUCAGAGAGUGGAAGGAAUCCAAUGGAAAUCUGAGCCUGCCUAACGAUGUGACCUUGGCAGUGUUUGCUGUGGGGACCCAGAGCACUGAAGGCUGGGAUUUUCUUUACAGUAAAUAUCAGUCUUCUUUGUCCAGUACCGAGAAAAACCAAAUUGAAUUUGCCCUUUGUGUGAGCCAAAAUAAGGAAAAGCUUCAGUGGCUUCUAGAUCAAAGUUUUAAGGGAGAUAUAAUAAAAACUCAGGAGUUUCCAGGUAUUCUUACACUCAUUGGCAGAAAUCCAGUGGGAUAUCCAUUGGCCUGGCAGUUUCUGAGGGAAAAUUGGAAUAAACUUGUACAAAAGUUUGAACUUGGCUCACCUUCCAUAGCUCACAUGGUAAUGGGAACAACAAAUCAGUUCUCUACAAGAACACGGCUUGAAGAGGUAAAAGGAUUCUUCAGUUCUUUAAAAGAAAAUGGUUCUCAGCUCCGUUGUGUCCAACAAACAAUUGAAACCAUUGAAGAAAACAUACGUUGGAUGGAUAAGAAUUUUGAAAAAAUCAGAGUAUGGCUGCAAAAUGAAAAGCUUGAACUGCUGUAAUGAUUCAUUCCUUGCCAGGUUCCUGUGACCUAGAAUCCCCCAAUUUUGUUGAAUGUGAAUAUUUUCAAACUAGAGAUGGCUGUUUUGGCUCCAGCUGAAGAUACUUCCUUUCCCUUCAACUCCUCAUUCAUUUGGCCAUUCCUGUGAAAAGAUGGGCUGUUAGUUUUUCAUCAAUGGGCUAUUACUACCGCGUUUCAUUUGCAGGUGUUGCCCUGCAACAUAAACCCAAGUGGUGGGUUUCCUGCCACGGAGAAUUACCUUAUUAUUCUCAUUUUAUAUUUUAUGCUUAAACCCCAGUGUCCAAAACCCUGUGCCCCACGUGUUUGUUAUUCAUAAGCUGUUUCAUCUAUCUCCCUUGAAGACUUUGAAUAGUGGAGGAUACUGAACCGUGAACACCUGGAUCAAAGACUAAGCUGGACUAUGGUUGUGCUGGAGCUCUCCUGUUGACCCCUCCAAGUAGGCUGUCCACCCUUCUCUUCCUUGCUCCAUGCCCAGGGGCUCCCUUGUAGGCCCAUGUCAUCAGGCUUUCUUGCCCUCUGGAUUUUGGUCAAUGGGGAGCCCCAGGAGAUGGGGUACGGGGGUGUUUUUUUCCCCUGGUUCCCUGGCAGGUUGCCUCAGGCAGGCCUUCACUAAAGGUCUUGGUUCCUGAGAGGUGGCCUUUCUUCCACCCAGCCUUCUCCAUUUCCAGGUUCUGGUUACUGCUUCCUUCUCUCAUCUCUUCUGGGACAGAGGCUACAACGUGACAGCCUGGUUCUUACUAUUCCCAGUGAUACCUGUGGUUUCCAUGCACCCUGCCCACACCUUUGUAAAAAUUCCAACAACUAAAUAACUCGCUAUGGGUACUUACUGCCAAUAAAUCAUUGCAGAGUCACCAAUAAAUGAUAACAUAUUGUGAAACUGAAAAUAUCUGCUUAUAUUAGCCUAAGUGAGGACAUUCUUUGGCUUUGAACUGAAGUUCUUAUGUACAUGAAUUUUUUGAAUAUAUGACAAAAAUUUCAAGAUAAAGGUCUAUAUGAUUGAUUGACACAAAAAAUGUCAAAAUGUGUUGCUGUAAUACACUAUCGAAUAGUGAUUCUCUGGACAUAAAUGUGUUUACAAUUCCAUUUGUAUACCUAUUGCAUGGUUAGUGGUCUGAGAAAUAAAAAUAAAAUCAGAAAUCACUGGUAA